UCGUCUUUUGACGUCGUCUCCUUCGUUUUAGUUGCAAAACUGUACGCAUAACGACUGUAUCAUGUUAUUGUGCCAGUGAUGUUUUGAAUAUUUUCUUUAAGAAGAUAGAAUAUUCAAAAUUUUAAAUAGUUUGAAACAGUUUAUAAUAUAUGAGAUUAUAGGUAUGAGAUGGAAAAGGCAAUGAACUAUGUAAGGCAAGACUAAAUAACGACUUUCACACUAGAUAAAAAUGAAUACCUAGAUUUAAAGACUAUAUUAAUAUUUAGUUAAUAUUACUAUGUUGCUAAUAAAUUUAUUUCCAAAAAUUUUAGAUUCUGCUAUUCAACUUGAGUAAAAUAUUAUAAUAUAAAAUGACUGCAUAUAACGACAUCAUCGAAUACAGCAAAAAGAGAAAAUCGGAAUCAAUUGUGGAUUCCUACAAUCAAAACAAACCAAAGAAAGUAAAACGAGACGCCAAAAAGAAUAAAACAACACGAGAACAAGAAAGGAUUUUACUCGAAAAUUUUGUAAAGUACGGAAUUUUGCCAACGUCACCCGAACGACCUUCAAAGUCUAUCGAUGUCAGGAUUCCAUCGCCGAUAUCUCCUAUUCGUCCAUCGUAUCAACAGGUAUCAACUCAUACUAAUGAUGACCAAAGAGUACCAGAGUUACCACGCAUUGUUCCGGACAUGUCACCUUCUUUUUGGAGACCGUGGAUUCAGACAGAAUUAUCGUCAAAUACAGGAUGUAAAGGCAAAACGAAAUCAUUGCCAACUAACAAUUUUACUGGUAAAUAUAGAACACCAAUAUCUACGGUACCAAGCGAGCUGAUCAAAGAAAAAAUUUGUACAAGAAUUGAAUCUAUUCCAAGAAAAAAACUCAACAGUGCUGUGACACAUCACCGGUCAAUACCUGUAUCAGUUCCUAGCGAAAACAACCAGAUGAUCCACGGCCAAUUUUUCACAGCAUCACCAAAACCACAUCGUGCAUUUAUAAAUGCGAAGAAAACUUUUACACCUUCAGUGACAACAUGGAACACAAAAUCCCAAGAAUUCCUCAACUCAUUCAAGCAACCAGUAAAGCUGAUGUGGCCAAGAAGUCAAGCAUAUGAUUACAAGUACUCGGAGGCACAACAUCUUCUGCAGGCAUUCCCAGUACAAGCAGCGAUAGGAUUCUAUGAUGAUGAAGAUGUUUCACCGAACCAUCCUGUAUUGAGAAAACAAAACAUCAAUUGCUAUAAAAAUCUUAGAAAUAGAGUGAAUGGAAUACUAAAUUAAAACUUUUCUACUGAUAUUUUUUUGUAUUAAGUUCAUAUUUUCAUCAUAUUUAAAGUUUCAAUAAUGAUUUUUAAUAAAAUAUAAUGAAUAGCACAAAAGAUUUCUAUUAUUGACUGCUUUUCAUAUUUGCAGUCUUAGUAAGCAGUUUAGUUAUCCGGAGUGCUCGAUUUUUCGGACCAGUGGACAUCAGUGUGCGGGCAAUUUGUAAGAAAUAGUGCUGGAUUUUACUGCUUAACAAACUUGAUUCAUUUUUCAUCCUUGAAAUUGAUCCAUAUGUGCAGGUAUUCGCACUUGCUCAUAGCGCUGGUUGUUUGUUUCCAUUUUUACUUCCCGCAAGAGCGUAAAAGCGUUCCCGGGGUUAAAAAAUCUCUCAUUAUUUUCGAGUUUUUCAAUAUCCAAUGUGAACAAUUUAUAGACAUGCGAAUAUAAAACGGUUAUGCUAUAAAUAU